GACAAGAUGAUGAUGAUGAUGGAGGAAAAUGAAAGCGACUCGCCCCUCCUCGUCGCCGCGAACAAUAACAAUAAUUCCAAUAACAACGGGGAGGUCAAGAAGUCAGUCAAUAACUUGUGUGACCUUCACCACCACAACAAUCUCAAUUCUCAUCUCCAACAAAUGAAUACAAAACCAUUCAGCAAUAAUCAGAGUAGUAAUAAGACUAAUGGAAAAGGAGAAGUGACGUCGUCGCCGUCGCCAUCACCAAACAAUGAGAAGAAUGGCGUAAACAGUAGUUGUAACGGAGGAGCAGGAAACAUGAGCACAUUGGAGAAGCAGGCGAUGAGAAAUUAUCUUGUGCAGCAUACGAGGAAUUGGGGGAAUCAUCGCAAUUCUUUAACGUAUCGCAGUGCUGAAUUUGAAGAGAAGCCGAAUGCGCCCCCUCCGACCUGCGACGUCAUGUCCGGAUAUCAUUUCGGUAGCCACGGCGGAUGAUAAUACGCCGGAGUGGAAAGCCGCCCUGCAGGAUAUUUACGUCUGGAUGCAAGAAAUCUUUGCCCUGGAUCACUUGAAAAAUACCAGAUUCGUUUUGUUCAUCAUGUCCAAUUUUCUUUUGUACAUGUGGUAUGACAUCCCAUUGACCUUUCUUGCCGACACUGCCACCGGCUUGGGCUACUCGGAAGGAGAAGGAGCCAUGUUGGGAAGUGCGAUCGGACUUUUAACCGUUUUCGGAAAUAUAAUUUUGGGGUAUUUGGGGGACAAGAAGUGGGCAAAUUCCGUGACGAUUUAUGGCCUGUGUAUUUCCAUUUGCGGCAUCGUGACCGGCCUGAUGCCCUGCCUCUUUGGGAAGUUGUUCAGCAUGGGGCUCACCUACUACUUCCUCGUCUUGCUCUGCGGCGUGUUUGGCUUGAUGAUUGCGGCAAAUUACUCACUCACACCCGUCAUCCUACUUCAAGUCGUCAGUUUGGAAAAGUUUACCCCCGCGUACGGUCUUCUCCUACUUGUGCAAGGGAUCGGAAACCUGAUCGGACCACCCAUUGCUGGCCUCCUCUACGACUACACGGGAAAGUACGCCUGGUCAUUUUGGAUCGCUGGGGGUGGGAUCUUCAUCUCCAACUUUUUCAUCCUCGCCCCAAUCUAUCAACGCCAUCAAGCCCGGUACGAAGAGUCGACUCGGGACAUUUCCGCCAGUCGCAGCAGUGGACGCAGCAACAGCAGUUGUGAAGAAGGACACAGAGGAAACAGCGCCAGUCCGACGCCAAGCAUCCUCAAAGAUCUCGACAGGAAAAUGGGGGCAGGGGAAAACAAUGCGUGAAAAAAAGUUCACUAAUUGAACGCAAUACUUAGUACUUACUAACGAAGAAUGACACAUGCAGAACAGAAGAUUUUUACUAACUCACACGCAGCAAGUAAAUUAGUGGCUUAAUAAUCGCAAUUAAAAUUAAUUAAUACCGAAGAAGAAGCGAAAAUAUUCAUUGUUUAGUUCCAUUUUAGCUCAAAUAAUCCUAAUUAAACGUUUACAUUCAAUUAAUUCCAAAAUUAGUGGAUUAGUAUUUAGUUUUUUGUAUUUAUGAAUUAGCAAUUUCUUUUUUUUUGUUAUUCAUUAUUGACUCGAUAUUUUUUUAAGACUUAAUUUUUUGACAUAUUUCUGUGACCUUUGAAGAUGAAACUAGUUUUGUAUCAUUAUUUAUUUAUUUACUAGAAAUGAAUUAAGUUUAAAACUGAAUUGAAUACUUGAGAAAAAAAGACAGGAAAAUUUCAUUACUUGACUAAUUAAGUGAUUAUGUAUGUAACUUAAUUAUUCAUCCCAGUAAUAAUUAUAAUAAUUAAUUACCCUGUGAAAAUAAUGUGUUCUAUAUUCUUGUCUUUAAUGCAAUGACACUUUAUUUAUUGUUAAAUUGUUGUCGUUGCUAAUUAUUAAUUUUUGGACUGAUUUUUUGCCAGGAUAAAAAAUUUAAAUGUGGUUCAUAAUAAGCAAUUCAUUAUUUAUUUCUCUAGAAUUAAUUAUUCAAACGUUUAAGGAAGUAUCCACUACAGGAGAAAGAUAAUACUGAUUACGGUUAAAAAUUAAUUAGUCAAUUGUUGUUGUCGUUGUUCCAAAAAUAUGUAACCUAAAAAAAAGUCACAUAAAUACUAUUGCUCACUUAAAUAUUUAAGAGUAAACGAAGUAAGUACGGUUGGUUUCUGAAA